AUGGUGCCUCCUUCGCGUAGUCAGGCGCCCCAUACUGGAACGCAAGUGUCUGACAGGCCACCAGAUGCUGCAGCUAGUUCCAGACACGAGGACCGCGCGGAAAUCGACUGUGAGAUGCAGAAUAGCAGCUGUGCUUCCGGAAUAUUGCAUUUUCCCCCUGUGGACGGUACUGCUGCAUUCAAGAAUGGAGCAGAUGGCAGUGGUGCAGAUCAAAGAAAUGGCGAGCUGUGUCUCGAGAGUGACACCAUGAAAACACCAGGCCCCUGUGUGGGAACCGGUCUACCUGGCGGCAACGAGCAAAACCUCGCAGAAGGCUCCAGCGCUGCUGUUGUACGCAAUGGAAUACACAGAACGGCUGAAGAAGAAAUUGGCACUUUGCCCCACCUGAAUAUCAGGAUCCAAGAGUUGUUCCCUGAACUAAACAACCCGUGUACCGCCAUCCCAGAGCACACACCGGCGGCGUCUUGCUUACGUCCUGCGUUGGCAGCAGAGCCAGAUUUCCGAAGAAGCCCAUCCACGGAAUUUGUAGAAGACGUCAACCCGCUUGCAGGUUUCCAAGGCCCCCUGUUUCAGCUGUUCCCUCCGCUGCAGCCGUGGGCUCAGACCGGUUUCCCAAAUAGGCAUGGUGACUGUUCAUUGCAAACAACGAAUGAUAUGAGUUUUGGAGAAGGCAGUUAUGGUUCAGAUGUGCACAUCGGCGCAAGGGCACCUUCAGAGGGGGGCAUACCCGAAGCACUCUCCAACAAACGAAGGCUGGAGAGGGGCUACAGCGCAUCGAUUAGCCGAAUGGAGGAGUUUGACGCUGGAGUUCCUGCGUUUUCUGAGCUGUCGACCGUGCAUUCAGAUUCAGCAGCUGUGAGUGUGGUGAACUGCCCUACGAACGAUGACGAAGGAGAUGGCAUAGGAACCAGGCCUCCUGGAGUGUUUCAGAUAGACAGGCAUCCCGAAGCAUACGUGGACAUGGAGAGUGAGGUCUCAUGCAUGGGUAGAUCUUCGCAAGAAAGUGCUUUCCACAAUAACCGCAGAAGGACAGCUAUCGAAUUCCCCCAUGGAGUGGAAGAGGCAGUGACUGAUUCCCGGUCCCGGUACGGGAAUCCGCAUGGCGAUGCAGACCUGCCCUCCGUCGCGCCUUUUGGGCACAUGCCAGGACGAUGGCAGGCUGACCCCGUACUCGAUUGCUUCUCGUAUGUCUCAGCCGUCAACCAAGAUGGCGCAGCGGCACGAUGUGUCCGCUCUCUGGCUUCACCGUGCGAGAGUGCCAAGAAGUUCAACGAAAGCGGGCCGCAGCACCACGGCGCUUCAGCUGUAGCCGCUCAGGCGGCCGCGAUUGCCUCUGCUCCCUACGCGAUGAGGUAUAUGGCUCUUUUUGACCUCUUGCUGCACCAGAGAGAUCUGGAUUACAACUCGUCUCGGCCGAGAGAAUAUGUGGAGAAGCGCGACGAGCAGCGGUACCCACUGACGGCCACUAGCGCAGCAGCUGUCGCGUCUGCCCCAUACGCUGAACGGUGCAGGAUUUUGUACGAGGUGCUGGAGCAACAAGCUCCAGUUGCAGAGUACUCGGUCAGCUCUGUCGCCCAUCCUCCAUUCAGAUCCGUGCCUCCCGGCUUGAGAAACCCGAGUCAUGAGCCGCACAGGGGGCUACCAUAUGGCUCGCCAUCACCCUUUCCGUCGGCUGUCCUGGUGGAUUAUUCAUCGGAUCCUCAUGCUCCACUCCGCCGGAAAAGCAGUCCCUUCUGUGAGCCACCUGCGUUUCCCCUGCUACCAGCGGCCGGCGGCGCAUUCCACCUACCAGCUCCAUAUGGCCCGUCGUGGCAGCCGAGCGAGCCAUCGUCUUCGUCAGCGACCUUUUCACACUCGUUUGAGGCGUCGCAGCAUCAGGCUCAGAAUCCCUUCGGCGUCUCCACGGCGGCUGCGCGGGCCCCUCCCAAUCAGGACAUUCCAUUUCUGCCCUUCUCAGCCACUCGACGACCUCUGUAA